UGGCACACAGUGGUGUGGAGUGGAUAGGUGUGGAGUGGAUAGGUGUGGAGAGGAGUGGACAGGAGAGGAGAUGAAUCUGACCUGCGAGCGGUGCCCAACCGAAUGAAAAAUCAGCGCCGAUAACGACGCGACUAAUCUGAAAAUGGAGCCGCCCAAAGCUGAAACUCUACAUUGGUUCUAAUGCGAAGAAUUACGAUAGCGUUGCUAGGGGCGUGCCCAGACCCGGCUCGAUUACCCAGCUAUCGAGCGGUGGGCCCGACUGCCGCGCCUGAAACCAGCACCGAGACCACUGGCCGCGGCAAACCAGCGCCGAGACUACUGCCCGCGGCAAACCAGCACCGAGACCACUGCCCGCGGCAAACCAGCACUGAGACCACUGCCAGCGGCAAACCAGCACUGAGGCUCGACGUGCAGCUUGAGUCUCCCACCCAGAUCGGCGCUCGGCAGAGGCACCGGAGCGGCGCGCGGCCGGGGUAUAACCGGAGCGGCGCGCGGCCGGGGUAUAAGCGGAGCGCUCGGCCGUACCGGAGCGGCGCGCGGCCGAGGUAUAACCGGAGCACUCGGCCGUACCGGAGCGAGCCCACGCGGUGAGCCGUGCCGGCCGGUCAGCCGCGCCGGAAACUAUGUCGGCAGCUGGGGCCGGCUGGCCCCCGACCGACAGGCUGGAAAUCAUGAUCAACCUCACGCCCGAAGCGCAGAUUCUGCUGAAUCCGUUCUCGUGGGCCGGGGCGCUGAACGCUCUGCUCAUCAGGCAGUUCGGCUUCACGCUGGCCGACCUGGUGGCCUUUCUGGUGCUGUCGUUUGUCUUCUGGAAGGUGCUGGUGCUCUUCAUCCUGCCAGGCAUCUACUUCCGCGUGAUGCUGUACACGGACGAGAUGGAGUCGCAGCACCAUUCCAGCCGAGGCCUGCCACCGACCGGCCGGCCGGCCGCGCAGGUCGACUGCACCCUCACUCAGGUAUUGGACGCCAUCGGAGCGCCAGGUGCCGGCCGGUGACAGGCCACGCGCCCUGCAGGGAUCCAACACCCGCCAUAUACGCCUGAUCAGCACUAAAUGCCAGAACAGAACUAUUGUAUUCAUACAGCGGAAGGUCACUGAACUUCUCAACACUGAGCGCUGCUGGGUGAUAAUAUAUUCUCCAUAAAAUUA